CCCACUGCGGCUCUGCGGCUAACGCCUGCGCGCUCGCCAGCCAGCCAGCCAAUCGUGGGCCGCCUGCCAGCGCCUCCCUUUGACCCUGCAUCCCGGGCUUCCAGGAAUCCAGUCCGGCUCAGCCCAGCUGCCUGGUUCCGCGCCGGUUCCUUCCUCUUGCAAAACAUUUACUAUUUUGAAGUUUAAAGUAUGUCAUCAUGGCAAAAUUUCGAAGAAGGACUUGCAUCAUUUUGUCACUUUUUAUUCUGUUUAUUUUCUCCCUGAUGAUGGGCUUAAAGACGCUGAGGCCAAAUACAGCAUCUUUUGAAACUCCUUUUGGACUUGACCUUCUUCCAGAACUUCAUCCACCAAAGGCCCACUUGGGAAACAAAGCUGACUUUCAAAAGACUGAUAGAAUUAACAUGGAAACAAACACGAAGAAUUUAAAAGCUGCUGACAUGACUGAGCGACCACCUAAAGCCUCUGAAGUGAACCUAGAAGAACUGCCUCCUCUGAAUUAUUUUGUACAUGUAUUUUAUUACAGUUGGUAUGGAAAUCCACAAUUUGAUGGUAAAUAUGUGCACUGGAAUCAUCCGGUCUUGGAGCAUUGGGACCCUAGAAUAGCCAAGAACUAUCCACAAGGGAAACAUACUCCCCCAGAUGACAUUGGCUCCAGUUUUUAUCCUGAGUUAGGAAGUUACAGCUCUCAGGACCCUUCUGUCAUAGAAGCUCACAUGAGACAAAUGCGUUCAGCCUCAAUUGGAGUAUUGGCCCUGUCUUGGUACCCACCUGAUUUAAGUGAUGAGAAUGGAGAAGCUACUGAUCACUUGGUACCAACUAUUUUGGAUAAAGCUCACAAAUAUAAUCUGAAGGUCACUUUUCACAUAGAACCAUAUAGCAAUCGAGAUGAUCAAAACAUGUAUAAAAAUGUCAAAUAUAUUAUAGACAAGUAUGGAAGCCAUCCAGCGUUUUACAGGUACAAGACAAGGAUGGGGCAUUCUCUGCCUAUGUUUUAUGUCUAUGAUUCCUAUAUCACAAAGGCUAAAACGUGGGCUAAUGUGUUAACCCCGUCAGGACCUCAGAGUAUCCGCAGUUCUCCUUAUGAUGGACUGUUUAUUGCACUUCUCGUAGAAGAGAAGCAUAAAUAUGAUAUUCUUCAGAGUGGUUUUGAUGGGAUUUAUACUUACUUUGCCACAAAUGGCUUUACAUAUGGCUCAUCACAUCAGAAUUGGCCUAAUCUGAAAUCAUUCUGUGACCAGAACAACUUGAUGUUUAUUCCAAGUGUAGGCCCUGGGUACAUAGAUACGAGCAUCCGUCCGUGGAACACUCAGAAUACUCGGAACCGCAUCAAUGGGAAAUACUAUGAAGUUGGUCUCAGUGCUGCACUCCAGACCCACCCCAGUUUAAUUUCCAUCACCUCUUUCAAUGAGUGGCAUGAAGGAACUCAGAUUGAAAAGGCUGUCCCCAAAAGAACUGCUAACACAGUAUACCUGGAUUACCGACCUCAUAAGCCAAGUCUUUAUCUAGAACUAACUAGAAAGUGGUCUGAAAAAUACAGUAAAGAAAGAAUGACUUAUAUGUUGGAUCAACAGCUGCCUGGUUCAUAAUGUAUCAGUCAUGGUUUGUUUAUCACAUCACCUAGCUUCAGUAAACGCCCUGUAUUUUGAGUUACGGAAAGAAAACUGUCAGAAUCAAUAUGUACUUGCUACUGUAACCUUUAUGAAUUAUUUCAUUUUUACUUUUUGCAAGAUGGUAUUAUUUGUCCCACAGAGGACACUACCAUACAGAGAAAACAUCUGACAAGAAAGAUUGUGUCAGUAACAUUCCUAGUGUUCCUAAUAUAGUGUUCUGAAUUUCUGAUUGCAGUUGAAUUUUAAUGGAAUGGCCUUUUAGUUUUCAGUUUUAUCGUAAAGAAAAUGCUUGCAUUACAUA